AGCGGGUUGCUAGGAGACUACCAAGGCUUAUCGAAUAUCAAAUAUGGCGGACGAAGCGAAAUAACAACAAACAAACUUUACUGCCACGAAAUCCCCAUUAUUACGAUGCCUGCUUCAAAGAAGGGCGAGAAAAAAGGAGGAAAAGCUGACCAGGGUCAAACUAUUCUAAAAGGGGUAUACAUGUUUCCAAAUGGAGACAAAUAUGAUGGAGAGUACAUCCAAUGUGAUGGGGGCUUACAAAGACACGGGUACGGAGAACAUAUCACCACCAGUGGACUCUGUUACCAAGGCAACUGGAGUGAUGAUAAAAUGAAUGGAAAAGGCAAGCUUAUUCAUCCCUCAAGGGCUGUAUAUGAGGGGGAGUUUGUCAACAAUGAGUUCAGUGGCUUUGGAAGGUACACAUGGGCAGAUGGUUCAAGCUAUGAAGGAAACUUCUCGGAUAACAAACUGGAAGGAUAUGGAAACUUUACUGACGUCAAAGGGCAAGUUUGGUACGGAAACUUCACGCACAAGGCAGCACCAGGGCUCAAAUUUAAACUCAACCUUUGAGAGCCUCCAUGGAUGCCUACAAAUGGCCUAUGUAAAUUAUUAUGUACAAUUGUAAUAUAUAGCUUUCAGUUCUUUAGAACAAAUAUCUUUGCUGGUAGCAUAUUGGUGUUUAUUUUUCACUACAGCUGAUUUGAAUCACGUUUUAUUUUUUAAAGUGAUUUGGGCCAUACCUAGUCUUAGAAGAAAUUGAAUAAGUAACAUUACAACUGUUCUGUCAUUAUUUAUAAUAAACACAACUGUCUUCCCA